UCCAGAGAUGCCAAGUAUAUUCAAAGCCAUAUCCAGAAUUAAUAGUUCAAGUCUUCAGAAUUUCAUAGCAUCGACUUACUGUUUACUAAAUCGGAGCAGCUAUAGCCUAUCAGAGUUGAAGCUCUCUCAGCCUUGACUUGAUAAUAUGGCCGCAGAAUCUCCACGGCCUCUGCCACCACCACCACCUCCACCCCCCAAUUUGGACGACUACACACCAUCGGCUACCCUAAUCCCUUUCCAACAUCCAAUCCCCAUUCUCCGUGGGCCUCUAAGGGCCAGUUCAUCUGACAAUCCAGAAGCUGGCCCACUUAUCCUUGCAUUCAAGGACCCGCAGUCAUGGGCCUCUGCGUACAAGGCGUGUGAAUCCCAAAUCACCCAACAAUGCGAAGCUGGAGCUCGAAUUGGCUGCUCCCUCGCCGCAUCCAACAAAUGCAAACCCUCCUGGUGGAAAACCCUAACGGGCGGCGUAGCCAAACAAGAUUAUGCGGAACGGGCAAAAUGCGAAGAACGUGAAAUGGAGGCUUGUCUUGAAACUGCCAAGGAUAAAUGCCGAGAAUUUUCAAAAAACAAGUGUAUGACGGCGUUUAGGGAUGCUAAAGUUGCCAUCAAAGGCUUGGAUUUGGUGAGGAAUAGGUGGGAGGUCUCAAAGUUGCUAUCUUGGGUGUGUUUGGAAGGCAAUAAGCAUGAUGGGAUGGUUGAGAUGAUGAAAUUUGGGACGUCCUGGGUUGAGUUUACAACUCAAUUCAACUUGACGAGCUGUAAAGGAAGUGAUUUAUUGGGUUCAGGCAAUGCCAAGGACGUUGAUGAUUUUUUAAGACGAAAUGGCAGGAAAAUGUAAAAUGGGAUGCUUGGAGCUUUUAAUUUGAGGAAUAAUAGUUAUUUUUCAGGAAAAAUUGGCAAGAAAGAUCAAAUUUUGAUGAUAACCAUUGCAGAAUGGGAGUUUCUGGUUUCAGAGUCGUCUGUGAUGGCGGUGGAUUUGAAUGACAAUAGUGGCAUUUUAUUUCCUUUUGCGGUUAAGUUUUUUACUUGGUGUGUCGAUUUAAUAUCUGGAUUCUGUCGAAAAUAGUUUCUGGUUUCAGAAUCGACUGCGAUGGCAACGGAUCUGAAUGACAAUGGUGGCAUUUUAUUUCCCUUUGCAGUUCAGUUUUUGCUUGGCGUGUCAAUUUUAUAUCUGGAUGCUGUUGAAAAUGGAUGCUGUAGUGGACAAAUAAUUGGAAGAAAUAUGUGAAAGUAUUCAGGCAGUACUCACCAGAUUGAUUUACCUUCGCAGAGGUUUGGCGUGUUUUAUCAAGAAACAUUCAGUUGAUGAUGUGCUUUAGCUGUUCUCCUGGACAAUGGCUAAUUUCUAUCUUCAGGAAGCUAGCGAAAAGGAAGAAAGCAUAUUUGACAAUUAGAGACAACAUAAUGCAAGUUUCGCAGCUAAGCGGUUGGUAUCAGCACACUCUUCAAGUGCAUUAAAUCCAGUAAAUGAGCAAGAGCCGUCAGAGAGGAGAGAAGGAGAAGCAGGCCACAUUGUCAAUCAAUCUGACGACUAGGCACCUAAACCUGUACGGUACAAGGAUUUAAGGUAGUUCCACUCGAGCAGCCAAACAGAGAUUCUGAAGAGUAUGAAUUGGUUUACGUAGAAGACCCUGAGGAUGACUUUUAUUAGUUUUAUCUGAAUAGAAGUUGACAGGCUAGCUACUUCUAGUUGUUAGUCUUAUUUACUUUUGUUUCCGCUGUUUCAAUUGGAGAAUAAAUGUACGAACGUCUUGAAUAUUCGUAGACUUUCUUUUAUAUGUAAUUUGUACCGCACUUCAUUUAGUUAUGUCAUUUAGUACUUUUAAAAUUAAACUAGUUAAGGUAGCCUUGUACUCUUGAGUGGGACUUGGGAGUACGGCGGAUGUCAUGUGACGGGCACG